UUCUCGCCUGUCUCGACGCAAAUGACAUAUUUCCAUCUCAAAACGUACCGGUAAUAUCGAGGCCGGCGAUGCUACUACGUGGAGCGUGACGACAUUGAAUAUUGGUCGUCCCGAUUCGGAAGGACAUCAGGUGAAAAGCCGAAAUUCCGAAAGCCAAAACUUGCUUCUUUUAAUGAGGGAAGAACCAAGAAUACCGGUAGCCAAUCUACCGGGGCGGUCUCCGCCGGAACGGUCUUCUGCUUGCCUCGAUGGACUUCGCGGUGUCGCCUGUCUUAUGGUCUAUCUGUCCCAUCAACACACUUGGUGGUAUCGCGAAGAUAACCUCCAUGAAGGAUUUGGAUAUCACGGCCAAACGGCAUUUGCAACCUUCCCCUUCAUCCGCAGCCUUUUCAACGGUGGCAAUGCAGCGGUUGCUAUCUUUUUCGUCCUCUCGGGCUAUGUGCUUAGCGCGGGUCCACUUCAACUUAUCCGCGAUGGAGAUACUGCAGCAGCGCAUCGCAGGUUGAUCUCUGCGUUUAUUCGGCGUCCUUUCCGGCUGUAUAUUCCUGCGUUAAGCAUCGCGCUUGCGUUUGUCUUUGUUAUGCAUCUGCCGUUUGGACUCGCUCCAACCUUGGAAUUUCCGGUGCCUAAAGAGAGUUUUUUUUUGGAAUUACAGAAUUGGAUCUGGGAGACCGCUUUAUGGAUGAAUCCUUUCGCCUCUCCGGGGACCUUUGCGCGAGGGUAUCUAUACCUCCCGCCGGCUUGGACAAUGCCAGUUGAAUACGCAGGCUCCUUGCUAGUAUAUUUUAUGCUAGCCGUGGCGACGUUUAUCCCACGAUAUCGAUUGAGCCUUUUCAGCGUUGCCGGUAUUAUCCUUUUCUCGGUUAAAAAAUGGUCUAUGGCUUGUUUUAUGGGCGGUGUGGUUCUGGCCAUAAAUGAUCUGGAUGGCAUCGACCAUGCUUUGCUCAAGCAGUUCUCGAAGCAGUGGGUGAAAGUGGCCUUGAACGUAUUGUUCUUUUUGUCAUGGUGGCUUCUAUGUCAACCGGCGAAUAAACGCGACGAUCCCGAACUUUCUUAUAAUACGCCCGGUUGGUAUUACUUGACGAUGGUCUUUACUCCGCGGAAUUACUUUGAGGACGAGUAUUGGCGCUUUUACAACACCCCCGGCGCCAUAAUUCUCGUCUACGCUGUCCUUAGGCUUAAAUGGCUGCAGUCCUUUUUUCUGACGAAGUGGCUAAAAUAUCUUGGACGCAUUAGCUUCUCGCUUUACCUCCUUCAUAUUCCUUUCCUUUUUACCGUUGGAGACCGUGUCGAACGCAUGUUUGGCGGUAUCCGGGGGCAAUUUUCGACCUGGUACGAUUAUAAACUUGCAAUACCGGAUAUUGGGCCUAUCGGGUUUUCGACGGGGUUUCUGGCUUCGCAGGUGGUUAUUCUGCCAUUAAAUAUGCUCCUUGCGGAGUUGUCCACACGGUAUUUGGACGAGCCGAGUAUUAGGGUCGCGCGUGCUAUUGCUGCCCGGGGGGGAUACACUGGCACUUAAUGCCAGAUGGGCAUAUCUCUGCCCGUGAUUUCUGCCAUAUGAGACCUUGAAGCGAUACAACACGCCGGGUCUAAGGGGUUGCUGAUGCUCGAAGUGCAGCGGCAUCUUUGGGGAAAAGGACAGUACAAUGUGGACUCAAUGUAUGUCAGAAUUCUGGGUAUGAAAGAGCAAAUGACUUUCGAACAUACGUUACUUAAGUAGUUUGAAUAAAGCCGACCCAAGUCGCGUCCGUCUCCUUCGGCGCCAAAUUCACGAGUAUCGAGUUGCGAUGUACAAAGUUCUACCACUAUGCUAAGUGAUUUUGCGAGGUGCUUGUACAAUGAUAUAUCCUGGACGUUAAAGGUCGUGG